GAGCCAUCGAGACACAAAUAGUAUAAUUAAAAAUAAUUGUUAAAUGAUCUUAAUAAUGAAGGCAAAUCAAAUGUUCUGGAUCCUUAUCAGCUUACUAUUGAACAUUUACUUUGUUUACACUCAAUCAAAAGUAAAAAUAUACAACACCUUACAACACAAACAAAUCCAAUGCAAAAGUUACUUCGGAAAAUAUUCAGAAUGUUUGGUUGGAGGUCCUAUUAAAUUUAUAUAUUUUAGAAAACAAAUGAAUCGGAAUGAAUGCAAAGUCAAUCAAACUUAUGGCUCAAUUCAAGACCGAGGUAUAGUAUGGGUUAAUAAAGACUGUUCCGCUGUUUUUGAUGUGUACUAUCAAACACCCAACCACGAAUCUCCUUUCGGUUUUAUCGAUAAAUUUUCAGCAAAUGCUGAUUCAAUCCAAUCAUUGCUUACAAGUCCUAGGAUUCCUACAUCACAAACUUUUUCGAACGAAUACAAGAGUGCUACUUGUGAAAGUGCCGGCGCUCUAAACGAAUGCGAAUUUUUUCGAAAUCUUUCCUCUAUUCGCUUGCUAAAACAACUAUCCUUCGCCGAAUGUUCUCGCAAAAGACGCUCUUACGGGUAUGUCAAUAACAGAAUAUGGGUCGACAAAGGGUGUAAGGCCACAUUCGAGGUCAAAUUUAAACAGGAAGAGGAACAGUACAACUAUCUACAUUCUCUUUUGGCUGGAAAGCUUUUAGGAACAUAUCCGGAAAGAAGACCCUUUGAUGAUUUUAUGUUCUGCGCUAGUCCACCGGCUACCAAAACAUACUGGGAAUGUCCAUUGGGUGUUAAUUUUGGGGUUUCCCCAAAAGUGGAAAAUUCAACUUUCAAAGUUUUGGAACCAUAUGAUUCCGAUGGUUUUGCCACAAAUCUUUAUAGACAUUACUCUAAAAAUUAUGGAAGAGAUUUCAGAUUUAGAAAUCAUGAAAAGAAGAAGAACGUUGGCAAUUCUAAAAUGAUAGUUGUGGAAAAGUUUAAGCUACUUAAAUCAAUAGAUGAGAAUAAAUUUCCUUGCAAAUUUAACAAAACCUAUGGUAUUGACAUUAGAAGUGUUGACCCUGAAGACGAAGUCAUUUAUGAGACAUUGAUGAAAAAGGUUCAUAAUCCUGAAGCCCUUCCUGUACCAAUUAAAUCCGCUUCCUACAUAUGGGUGGACAAAGGAUGCGCUGGUAUAUUUCAGAUUCGAAUUAAAAUCAUGAGCUCAUUAGGAUUUUUGGCCUCUGAUUUUCCGUAUUCUCGUUAUAUACCACAGAAUAGUAAAUAUCAUUAUCAAGGAAGAGACGAUUUAAUCAACGAAAAUGAACGACCGCAUAGUAUACUUGAAAGGCAACAUCACCAAAAUAAUAUUCAAUAUACAACUUUUUCAUCCGAAAUUCAUAAAUUACAAGAGAUUUUAAGUACAACAAUCAAAAGCAGAACGACAAUAAAAGGUAAGGGAAUCUAUCGAGAUAUACAUAAGCCUAACAUUUACACUUCUAGGUACAUUCCGCAUAGAACAUUCACGGCUAUUGCGGGGGUAUACGGUCGAUGGAGUGUGCUUAAUAACACAGAACAAUAUUCAUUGGUAAACCCCAUUAACAGUAGUAUUACUACAUCGCUACCAAAUACAUCCAAUUACACUCAACUAUGGCCUCAUAAAUACUUAAAUGAAGUCAAUAAUCUUUUCACAUUAAAUGAAUUUCACACUAUUCCAGGCGUAAAUAACGAAGAAAAUGAACAUUUUAGAACUAAAGAGCCCGUCUUGCUUAGGGAAUAUGUGACAUUCUGUGGCAGUGGCUGGUCUGAAUAUAGAGAAUGUAAUAUAGGUAAGCCCAUUCAUGGAAUUCAAUUACAACGGCAAAUGGCACACGAUUUUGAACCUAACUAUAAGGAACUCAAUUAUAAUAAUGAUACUAGGAUAGGUAGUGAAACAGAGGCUGAUUCUAAUAAAUGCCAAUAUCAAAAGACGUUUGGAUAUAGGGAUCAAAAUAUAUGGGUGUCAAAUGGGUGUCAAGCUAUUUUCACUGUUUUCCUGCCAGAUUAUAACCAGACUUCAAGUCCCGUAGAGACUGAUAAUCGCGAAGAGACGGCAGAAUUAGCCUGUCAAAGUCUAAAAGGACGAAACCAAUGUCAGGCUCCGGGGAAUAUAACUAACAUUGCUUUGUUGGAAGAAUUUUCGAAAAAUAAAUGUGUAUUUGGAGAAUCGUACGGGCAUGCGUAUAAUUACGUUUGGGUCGAUGAUGGUUGCAAAGCUGGAUUUUUGGUUACUUAUCUCGAAAUUUUUAACACGUUCCCACAUUCCACUUACAAUGUAAAACGCACUUUAUACGCCGAGCCUGACAAAAAUUUCUAUUCAGAAACAGAAACUGGUAUUGAUCAUCGUUGGGCCAAGCUGCCAUACAUUUGUAAUCUGCCAUUAUCGAUAGGGAACUGUAUUCAAAACUUAACUCGUUAUUUUUUCGAUAGUUCUAAAGGAAAAUGUUUAGGGUUUUACUAUACCGGUUGCAACGGGAAUGCCAACAACUUUUUAUACAAUGAUCACUGUGAGAGGACUUGUCGAACAGACUCUUUCUUUCCAUGCCUUUUGCCCGUGGAAAUUGGUAAUUGUUCCCACUAUGAGACCAAAUAUUUUUUUAGUCCCAUAACUUCAAGAUGCGAAGGUUUUAUAUAUUCUGGUUGCUCUGGAAAUGCCAAUAGAUUUUCAACGCUCGAAGAAUGUGCCUCACUUUGUGACGUUUUAGAAAGUGUCUGCACAUUACCUCCCGACCCUGGUAACGGAAGUUCAAUUCACAUCCGAUACUUUUACAAUCCAGCAACCAAAAGGUGUCAACAAUUUAUUUAUACCGGUGAUAAUGGGAAUGGUAACAAAUUCAAAUCUGAGAUUGAAUGCAUGAAAAGAUGCUCAAGCAACUUGGCCCAGCAUGGUGAAAUUUCGAUCAUUUGUGCUAGCUAUGAUUUCACUCACAAGGAAUGCGAUUUAGGUAUACCUGUAGUUGAUUUACUAGUCGAAAAACAAUUAUCAAUCUUUCCUUGUAAAAUGGACUCUACAUAUGGUAUGAUAGGUAGCAAGGUGUGGGUCUUUCAAGGUUGCACUGCCAGAUUCAAGGUUAAGACUUUAGGUAUAAUGCCGCUUUACAACCCAUCCUUUAGUCAUUUUCAAUACGAAAUUAGCUGGAAAGAUAAAAAUGAUGACUCUUCCCCAAAUCACUUACAUGUUAACGAUACGUAUAAUACAGAUACAUAUAUCCAAACAGGCAAUGAUAUAACCACAGAUUAUUAUUCGAAAAAUAGUUAUAAAAAAUCUUCAACAUGGCCCUCUCAACCGAAUGAUGUAUUGUGGUACAAUGGAAUCGGUUUUAAUCCUGAUCCAAUUCCUACUAGUUACGAGUUAGUGACUUGCUCCAGUUCUGGCAAUGAUCAGCUACAAAUAUGUCCCCUUACUGGAUCUGUGGUCAAAAUUUCUCUGUAUUCAGAAAUUUCAAAAGAUGUAUGUGUCGAAGGGAAAACAUAUGGAAGACAAACCUCGAAUUUAUGGGUCUUUAAUGGAUGUCAAGCUCAAUUCUUGGUGUGGAAACAAUAAAACAUGUUUUAAAUUAAAAGCAUAUUGUCAAUUUGAUUCCAAAAUAUUAUAUCUAUAAAAAAUUUAUCAUAAGUUAAUUAUAUUCAUAUCGAAAAUUAUUUAAAGUAAUCAUAGAAUAUAAUUUGUACCUAUCUUCAUUGUACAUUUUUACCUUAAAUGAUAUUAAAAAAAUGUUCCCCAAUACAUUAUUUAUUGU